AUGUCCUCGUCUAAAAGUACUAGCGGAAAGGAACAAGGCGGCAGUGGCACUAGCCGCCAUGGAAAGGAACAAUAUCAAGAAGAUCGCCGACAAACGGACGAAUUGGUUGUUGAAAAGGACAUAAUUCCUACUUCCAUUUCGGUCCUCGCGACACAUGAUCAGAGCCACAAAAUAGAUCAUCCACGCAACAAAAAUUCCGUGUGGUUCAGCAAAGGUGGCGAGGGGGCGUCGAAAAGUAAAACCUCGAAAAACAAUUCUAAAUCUGGUGACGGCUAUAACAAAGGAGGAAGAGCAGCGGAAAGGCCUGACAAGAACAAGAAAGGAUCGUAUAAUGAUUGCCGGCAGGUCGAGGAUUGUAUCUCAAAUUAUGCGCCCGCUGCUCGCAGUCCACGUUCUUCUGCGCAACGUUCUUCUGUUGAGAAUACUACGUCGUCGCAAGGAAAAACUUCUGGGCGAGAAAAGCAGCCUAUUUCAACAUGCUCGGGCGAUUAUUCAUAUUCGAAUUACAACCAGAACCAGCGGGGGAUGAUUACAACGGAGAAGUGGGAAGACACGGCCGUUGUGUACAGAAAUGCAUCUUCGUCAAACUGUGCUCGUACGACUACUUCUGCUGGAAAGGGAAACAAGAACGACAAUGAGGAAAGGGAAAAAAAGGAAGCAGACGAGCUUUCCAAGGGGAAACAAAUCGCGCAAGGGGCGAUAGCCGCAGAUUCCUCCCGGAUAGUUGACGGAGGAGGUUUGAGUGGUAACCACAAAGUUCUGCCUGUGCCUCACCGCACUGAAACUAAACAGAAUCAGAAGGUUGAAUAUUAUUAUCGCGAAGCGGACUACGAGCAUGACACGAAAAAAACCACAUCCUCUUCUGGUGAACCGCGACAAACCGAUGGAAAUAAACGCGACUCGUAUGGGGGGCAAGCGCAAGGCGCGUGGAAUAAGAACUACAGUAGUGCUGCAGCUGCGGCCAGCACAUCAGCUUCUGCUUCGAGCGCUUCUGCUCCUACUACGGAUGUUGAACAAAAGCUGCACAUCAGCAUCAAAAAGGACCAGUCGCAGUCACAGUAUGAUAAGCGGGACAGCACCAGCAAGAAGUGGGAGAAUUACAACGAAUACUACAAUUCAUCUCGUGACCGCCGCGGUCGGGGGGAAAAGUAUGAAGACAAGAACGCGUGGGACAACAAGGAUUAUGACACACACUAUAAUUCUCGCGGCCAGGUGGAACAACAGUGGAACCGCAAGUCGGAUCGAUCGGCGAGAGCAGGAGGCUACUAUAACAAUUCAACAUCUAUUUCCUACCGCGACAGCACAGCUACUACGCCGGGAAAAGCGAAAGUAGAGCGGACUUCUUAUUAUGCGAGCGAGAAUUCUUCCUCCUCUAAGAAAGCGAAAGCAAAACGUUGA